GCUCAUACACGUCUGACAUUCCUUACAAACAGCCUGCCGCAGGUACCUCCCACAUUUUUUUGGCAUACGGAGCAGGUAUAUAAAAAUCUGCUGUGGCCGAUUGUACCCGGUCGGAAAAAGAACCGUUUUACCCUUAUUCGACUUUUUCAUCAUUCCGUAAUAACAAUGGUGGAUUAUGAGGUGACCGUCUACACCGGCAAUCGAGUUCACGCCACCACCGUGAAUCCUGUGCACAUUAAACUGGUGGGCACAGAUGGUGAGAGUAACCGCACGUGGCUGAGGUCUUUGGUGAUAUUCAGAGGAGCGGUAACCACUUACACUGUUUCCUGCCCAAACUCCCUCGGACGUCUGCUUCUGAUCGAACUCGACAAGCGGCAAUUUUUUAUUUUGCCCGGCGACGCUUGGUUCCCCGACAAGGUGGAAAUCAAAUCACCCGAGAAUGACAUCUACACCUUUCCCAUCUACUGCUGGAUCAGUGACGGCGAGACUCACCGCUUCAGAGAAGGCAAAGCUCUGAGAAUCUUUGACGAAAGCCACCCUCUCGGCCAAUACGCAAGGGAGCAGGAGCUAAGUCGGCGAAGUGUAGACUACGGCUGGGAUCUUUAUGCCCAAGGUUUGCCCUACUCCAUCAAGGCAGACGGUCCGAUGACCCUCCCGGAUGAGGUCCAGUUCUCCUUUACCAAGGCCACGGAAUUUGCAUUCACAUCGACGACAGCGGUGGCUGAGCUUCAGCUAAAGGGUUUGACCGACAACCAUGAAAAUUGGACAAGUCUCGACGAUAUCAAUGACGUGUUCCGCAACAAAGACACACCCUUAUCAGAUUAUGUUCAGCAACACUGGAAGGAGGAUGAUUUUUUUGCCUACCAGUACCUAAACGGCCCCCAUCCCACCUUGAUUCGACGUUGUAAAACUCUGCCCGGCAACUUCCCCGUGACUGACGACAUGGUCUUCAUCCCCGAUGGCUCAAACUUAUCCAAGGAGUUGAAGCGAGGCAACAUAUACCUGUGUGACUACAAACACCUGGACGGACUGCAGGCGAACACGGUCCAAGGGACUCAGCAGUACUUGAUGGCACCCUUCGUCCUGUUUCACAAAAGGCCCGAUGAUAAGCUGAUGCCUAUUGCCAUUCAGCUCAAGCAGACUCCGGCUGAGGACAACCCCAUCUUCCUUCCGACUGACUCUCCGUACGACUGGCUGACGGCAAAGAUUUUUGUGCGAAGUGCUGAUUUCACGCAGCACCAGCUCAACGCGCACCUGCUGCGCACUCACCUUUUGGCUGAGGUUUUUGCGAUGUCACUCUUGCGCAACCUGCCCAUGGUGCAUCCCCUAUACAAGCUCCUCGUACCCCACACUCGCUACACUCUGCAGAUCAACGAACAAGCUCGGGAUGCACUCAUCGGACCUAAAGGAAGCUUCACUCUGAUUGCGGCUUCUGGGGGAGAGAGUUUGCUGAAAAUAUUGGCAAGAUCACAGUCCUCGAUCACCUACAGAUCUCUCUGCAUCCCCGAGGACAUUGCUGAUCGCGACAUGCAGGACUUGCCAAACUUCUACUACAGGGAUGACGGACUCCAAAUUUGGAACAUCAUGUUUAAAUUUGUGCAAGGAGUGAUCGAGUACUACUACAAAAGUGACGACGAGGUACAGCGAGACUCGGAACUGCAGACUUACAUCGGGGACAUUUUCGAACACGGAUUCCUGUCCCAGCCACAAUCAGGUAUCCCUCAGAGUUUUACCACUGUGUCAGAAGUGAUCAAAUUCACAACCAUGGUGAUGUUUACGAGCUCGUGCCAGCAUGCGGCUGUAAACAGCGGACAGUUUGACUACGGUGGCUGGAUACCCAACUGCUCCCCGACCCUGCAGCGUCCUCCCCCAACCAAAAAGGGGACAACCAGCGAGGCCACAAUGUUGCAGACGUUGCCAGUUAUCAGCGUGACCGCUCAGGGAAUGGCCGUCACCUGGUUGCUCAGCAGGCAGUCCUCUGACUUUGUCCCCCUCGGACAUUACCCAGAGGACCAUUUCACAGAGGAGAUCCCCCGCCAGCUGCAAAAGGAUUACAAAGCCGAGCUUGACAAGUUGUCCAUCACAAUCAACGACAGGAACAAAACGUUGGAAAUCCCUUACACUUACCUGGAUCCAAAGAACGUCGAGAACAGCGUGGCCAUCUAAGCGUCGGAAUUAUAUGAUGAGAUAUUAGCCAUACCUCCAUGUUUCAGCACCGCUAGCACAUCGGAUUGGCACUUGAAAUGGCAGCAGACGUGCCCGCCCCGCCCCAUCAGUUAUUGCGCGACGCCGCUCGGUGAAGCGUCGCUUUAGAUUGGUGGCGACGGCGGGGAGUAAAUCACAUCCAAACUGUCUGUCACUCAAAAACACGUUUUAUUUACAAUCGGCUCUGCGCUGAUUUUGAAUAUGGUGAACAUGCAUAUGACGUAACAUUAAAAGAAAAAAAAUCAUCCAGUGCCCUUCAUCUUCAAAGGGGGAGUGUUGAGAAAGCACUUCAACAAUGUACAGUUUAGGCUGCGUGCACAGUGUUCAAUGACCC